AUGUGGACCGGGUCAAGCUUUGGGGUGAACAUGAAAGGGCAGCGAUGGCUGAACGGUUGGAAAGGCACGAGCAGAACGAACCUGUGGUAUCUUCGGCAGAGCUCCUUCCAAGAAAUUCAAGCGCUCCUCUCUUUGCGGAGGGCACACCAGAUCCACGCAGCUCACGAGCAAGCCCUUCAGCUGCAAAAACGGGAGGGUCCUUCGAAGGCCGAGGUCUGGCAACGAAAAGGGAACCGGAGAGUUGCCCCAAAUGAACGCAUCUCGUGCUCAUCACCAGCGUUCGAGGACUUCGCAAAGUCCUUUGCUGCUACACACAUGAAAGUAGGAGAAAAGAUGCACGUACAACGGCCAGUCAAGCAGGAACCCGAGCGGGACGAAGAGCCUGACGUCGAGAGGACUGACGACGGGCCUGGGCUGUUGCUUUGUGUGCAUGGAGGCAAGUUCCGUCUACUGGUUUUCCUAAGGAUCGUCAGGAGCCGAAAGGACCACAACUUUUGCCCACACUGUCUCGACUUUGAGACAACGUUGACCGCAGUUGAGCGGGAGCUGAGAAGCGUUGGUGCGAAGAGCAAACAAGUCGGAACUGCCCCGCCGCAUUGGAUGACGCAGCGUUUGAGGACUCUCCAAAGCGAGCAAAAACGCUUGGAACAACAAUACGGGAAGCACGAAAUGUGGUGGCGCUCGAGGCGACUAUUCGCUAGAACGCUAGAGGAAGUGGCGAAAGAUCAGCUCCGUGCGCUUGGACAGACGUCGACGUCACACCCGUUCGCCAGCAGCGCCAGCAGUAUGGUCUGCCAGGAGGAUAAAAAAGGACUACUCAAUCUGCCCAUCUUCCAACGGGAUCCAACAAGUGCACCUCUAGAAAAGACUGUGAUCGAGCCACACGGGAUCAUAGACUGUCGGUCUCUGGAAGCUUGGGAAAUCCUUAUAAACAAAGGCCAGAACGUUGGGGGCGAAGCGUUCGUCGCAAUCAACGUGCUACUGGCCUGGGCGCUGUCCAAUUUGAAUGGCGAAAAGGUGUUUGUCAACCUGCUCGACAACGCCUCGGACCUGCACAACCGGUUCCGCUUCUGCUUACAGCAAUUCCUUGUGGAUCUGGGUGUUGUCGAGCGAGCGGCGGUCGUUUACCUGCCCGCACACCACGCGAAGCACUUCAUGGACGCCGUACAUGGCUACCUGGAGAUAGCUUCAAGGACGACGGACAUCUUUUCGCGUGACAACCUCGCCGCCUUGUGCUCAAGCCUUCCCCGGGUCCACGGCACAUGCGCAAACCCCGAGCUCUUCGAGAACCUCAACGACUUUUUCAGGAACCACUACAACUCGGCCAGCAUGCCAAACAUCAAAGCGCACGCCCUUGUAGUCGCCUCGAAGGAGCUUAACGGGGUUGUCCUGCUCAAAGAGAAUCCGGAGGACAACGCAUGGAAGAGUUGGCAGAUGCGGCCGAUGAAUGCGAGUUCCGGACUCAAACGUCACGCUUCCCGAGCGCCUGGACCUCACCUCUUUCGAAGCGCGCUCCCCGGGGUCCAUUCUCCGCCCAGCAGUGCGAACCGGAUGGAGGCCUGGGAGGUUGCAGCCUUUCAUAGGUGCCCCCGCGAGCGCGUUGAAACGGUCCCUGCGGAGAAUGCAGAAACCCUGUUGCUCCAGCCGCAAGAGAGUCUGAGGUUCUCUUCUGCUCGCUUUCACGGCCUAUUGGAGCUCCGCAACGAUGCGUCCGCCAGCAAAUCGCUGAAGUCGGUGUUCGAAAGCGUGUUGGAGAUCCCAAAAUUCAAAGUCGCAGUUGUUGCGAGCGGACAAGAAGCGUUCAGCCCGGAGGCGUUCAUCAAGGAAAGCCGCUCUCCGUUUGCAGUUUUCGCUUGCCAGAUUCUUGACGUGAAUCAGAGCCUGCUCGAGGGGCACACGGUUAUUCCCCUCCAAAAGCGAGCAGCAAAAGAGGCGCCGGCCUUAAGCCCAACUCGCCAGCAAACAAAGGAACUUGCUCACAUGAAAGUCGUGGGUCUGUUCUCACCGGACGUCGACGAGCUCCGGGAGUGGGCGGCCGCAUGGGGCUGCCGAGAGGAAGACGUUCUGGACUGGUUCCUGGGCCGUCGAGGGAAGGCGGUCGACGAAGAGGGCCCCCCGCCCAAGAAGGCCAGGAUGCCAAAGAAGAGUGCGCUUGCAGCGGCGGCGCCUGCGGGGAAGGGAGCGGAGGAGGCGACGAAGAGGACAAAGAGGAAGCGAGGCAAGGAGCGGAACGGAGCGGAACGGCGGACGGAACGGAACGGAACGGAACGGAAUGGCGCGGUGAUUGGGCCGCAAGCGAGCGGUCUAGGGCACAUCGCGGAGAUGGACGUGCAACAGAAGGGAGCGCCCGGGAGUGAAAGAGAAAACGGAGCAGGAUUGGGAGGCGAAGCAGAAGAAAGGUUGAGAAAAGGAACAGAACCGAGGGGAGAAUGGGAAGGCGGGGACAGCGCCGUAAAGAUUGAGCAGAUUCGUGAGACUAGAGAGGAACCCAAAGACAAGACGGAGGGGCUGGCGCCGCAGUCAGGGUUGAGGGCGGGACAGGGAAAGGUCCCAAAACCGCUCUGCGCAAACACCUCUCCGCAGGCGUCAAAAACGGAGAGAAAGCGGCCGGCGGCAGAUGCAAAGACGGCUGCCGCGACCAAGCGGAUGCGAGCCCAAGCUGCUGCAUACAAGGCGAGCAUGCAGGCGGACUCGAGCAUCCUGGACCCGACCUGGUUCUCCGACCAGCAGCGAUUGUCGGGUGACCAGUUGUCCAACGUUUUCUCGACUCUGUACAUAAACCCCCCGGCAGACCUAGCGCCCAUUCCCACGUUCACAAACGAGCAUCUCGCUAUGAAGCUGAUUGAAAUCUCAAACGGAAGCAGAGCGUGGCCCUCGAAAAUCGUUCAGAAAGUGAAGGAGAUGAACGGUUGUGCAGUCUUUGUGGUCGGGGACUGCUCUCAUUGGAGGUCGGUUUUUCUAGAUGGGCGAAGCAAAACCGUCUUCCUGUUUGACCCCUACUUCGAGAAGGCGUUUGGAGGCGGCGGCCUCGAAGAGGCUCUAAACAGAGCAUUCAGCCAGAGCGAAGGCUGGGGACAUGACCGGAUCAAGCUACGGUUGCAAUCCAACGACUUCCAAUGCGGUGUGUCGGCAGCCUUUUUCCAGGAGCAGGUCCUCCAAUUCGUUUGGAGAGGGGAGGCGGAGGGCUACGUUCAAAGGUUCACUGAGUUCUUCCUGCGGGAGGUGCAGGCCGAAGGGCUCCGGCCACUUCCUUACGGCAAGGCGCCUUCUAAAAACCAGAGCCUGCCAAACAAAGAAUUCAUCCAGAAGAAAAGGACAGCCCUAAGAAGUCUCCUGGAGAACCGCAAGGAGUUUCUACCCCUACAGCCAGGCGGCGCACAGCCGCGCCCGCAACCCGUAGCAGAAAGACCCGAAAGCUCCGCCCCGGCUGCGCCUCCAACUGCCUCGCAGCCCUUUCCUCGAACAAGUUUGAAGAGCAGCGAACAAAAGGGGAAACUUCCUAAGAGCGCUUACCAGGAGCCUGCUCAUCCUCGGGAUAGUGCCCUCCCCACAACCGAAUGCAAACAACAGGGGACUCUUCCAGAACUAGGUGGGGCACAAUCCGGAUUUGACGAGGGGUCUCCUCCGGCGCCAGGUCCAAGUCACGCGACACCUGCGACAGCGAAAGGGAGCUGCAAGGGAUCAAAGGAGGACAACAAGACUGCGGAAAGGAUGUUAUUAGCCGACAUUGCCACAGAUCUCCCCAUCGGACAAGCAGAGAGGGCAGCCCUGCUGGAUGCAUCGACCGCCACUACCAAACCCAACACCGCUGUGUGCUCUGUAGCUUGGCGUCAUGCUCCCGCAGAGAUAAAACAGAAAUGCACAGACCUUGCGCUAGUUGACCGAGAGCGGGCUCAGAAAGACCGGGCAAGUGCACUCGCUCUGAUCAGUGGCGCGCAGGACAUUGAACCAGAGACGUAA